AUGUUCCGGUGUGUUGCCAGAUAUGGCUAUAAAGAUAUCAGAAAGGAAGACCACCAUGCAUUUGAGCAGCUUUUAGUUGAAAGCCUUGAGAAUUUCUUGAGGAAGGAAGCUCAAGAUCUUGCCUUGGAGAGUAGUUUAAAUGAAGUGGAGAUUGAUAACAUUUCAGUGACAACAAGGGAUUCUGAAGAUCAAGAUGGUGAUGGGAUGGGGGAGCUUAGGGUCCCAUUGAUGCAUGAUCAAAGAUUGGAAGAACCAGGAACCUCCACUUCAUCAGGAGCUGUCUCGGCAUUGCCGACUAGUGUCAUGUCUCCAGAUGAAGAUCCAAGCUUGGAGUAUGAGCUUGCAGCUCUUCGAGAAGCCACUGAGUCUGGAUUUACUUAUUUGCUUGGGCAUGGUGAUGUGAGGGCGAAGAAAAAUUCCUGGUUCAUUAAAAAACUGGUGAUAAACUAUUUUUACGGAUUUUUGAGGAGGAACUGCAGAGGAGGUGCGGCAACCAUGAAGGUGUUAGAGAAAACCUUGUAUCUCAGUUUUUAA